UUUUCGUUCUGUUAAUAACGCGAUUCGAAGGAGUCCGGCCCAGUCCAACAUGAGCGAUCCAUUGGUCACCGUCAAGCAGGGCACUCUUCGUGGCGUUGAGAUCCGGAGCGUUCUUGGGACACCUUUUAGCGCUUUCAGAGGAAUUCCUUACGCUGCCCCCCCGGUUGGCGAGCUACGAUUCAGGGACCCGCAACCGGCCGAGCCGUGGAUUGGAAUAAGAGACGCCACGGAAGAAGGCUCGAAAUGCGCCCAGGAAUCCUACCUGGCCAAGGAAUUGAUAGUCGGCGAGGACGAUUGCCUCUACCUCAACGUCGCCACCACGUCUUUGACCGGGUCGAAGCCGGUCAUGGUUUGGGUUCACGGAGGAGCUUUUAUCGUUGGAGACGGAGGCUUCGCUCUCUUCAGUCCAGAUUAUUUGAUGGAAUCUUCGAAUAUCGUCUAUGUGGCCAUGACUUACCGCGUCGGUAUUCUAGGCUUUCUAAAUCUCGAUCACGAGGUUGCCCCCGGAAAUAUGGGGCUGAAGGACCAAGUCGCUGCUCUGCAAUGGGUCAAGGAGAACAUCUCGCAGUUCGGCGGUGACCCGAACAACGUGACAAUUUUUGGAGCGAGUGCAGGAGGAGCUUCCGUUCAUUAUCUGCUCUUGUCACCGCUCGCGAAAGGUCUCUUUCACAAGGGCAUCGUCGAGAGCGGGGUAGUUUUGAAUCCCUGGGCGAAUAUCGAGGAAACAAUAUCGCACACACAUCGUUUGGUUUCUAUACUCGGAAAGGACUUGACCGAUCCCAAGGAGAUCGUAGAGUUUCUGCGAACCGUGCCACAUUCGGAACUAGUGAUAGCUCAGCAGAAAAUGCUCACCGAGGAGGAUAAACAUUUCCUCAGGUACCAGUUCUUGCCAACGAUAGACAACAAAAGUAUACGACCCUUCGUGCACACCGAUUCGUUCGAGGAAUUCGUGAACCAAGGUAUCGAUGUGCCCGUUAUCAUAGGAUACGCCAGUCACGAGGGGAUUUAUCUUUUGCGGGGAAUGAACGACGAACAAUACGCGAAGCUCGACGGUGACUUUGAGUCGAUGGUGCCCCAGGAUUUGGCGCGAAGGAGUCCCUCGAAAGUCAAGGAAAUCGCGCGAGCGAUUAGGGAUUACUAUUUCGGAGAUAAAAAGAUAACCGCGGACCUGAUCGACAACUAUGUACAGUUUGCCGGUGAUUAUUAUUUCGUCAGAGGGGUUCACAAAGUGAUUGACAUUCAGGUGAAGAAGAAAGCGCCGGUUUACCUCUACCAAUUUUCAUUUCUCAGCAACAAUUCUCUCUACAAGUCGAUAUUCAGACUGCAGAACACCAGGGGAGUAACGCACGCCGGGGAAGUUGAGUAUCUGUUCUACGCCACCGUAUUCAAAGAACGCAUCAAAUUAGAUCCGGACUCGAUCGAGACGUUGAUUCGUCGUAGAUUCGUCAGAAUGUGGACCGACUUCGCGGCUACCGGGAAUCCGACUCCGAUCGUCGACGAUCUGAUCACCGUGGAGUGGAAACCGGUGAACCGUACCACCAGACACUACCUGGAUAUCGGGGCCGAACUCGUCUCCGGCAAAAACCUCGGCGAGAACAUGUUGAGGGCUUGGAAAGGCAUCGAAGCCAUCGCCGAGAACAAUCAGUGAAGAAAUCGUUCCUCGGUUAUUAUAAUAAGAAUCUUACCCUUUCUCGACAUAUAAUCUCAACGUACAGGUCGCUAUACGUCAUUAAUGGGGGAUUCAAAUCUUUCUCUGAAGGAAAUAAAAUGUCGUACCUUA